AUGACCCUGCCAAAGCCGCCUAAAACGGCGGCGGAUCCACCGCGGGCGCUUUCGGCUGCCGACGCUCUCACACCGCUCAUCGAGUCGACAUACACUUCCCCAGCAAUCACCUGCUAUAUCAACGGGAGGAGAACAGUUAUUGACAAUCCUAAUCCACACUGGACGCUUCUCGACUAUGUCCGCGCGCAGCCGAAUCUCAAGGGCACGAAGCUGGGAUGUGGCGAAGGUGGAUGCGGCGCGUGCACAGUCGUGCUCCAGGUUCCAGAUGCACAGUCAGGGAAGAGGAGGAUAAAGCAUCUUGCCGUGAACGCGUGUCUGUUUCCUUUGCUCGGCAUCGAUGGCAAGCAUGUCAUUACCGUUGAAGGCAUCGGCAGCGUGGAGAAGCCGCAUCCCCUCCAGGAGAGGGUUGCGAAACUCCACGGCAGUCAGUGCGGCUUCUGCACGCCAGGUAUCAUCAUGAGCCUUUACGCAAUGGUCAGAAAUGCCUAUGACCCGGACACCAAGAAGUUCAACUUGAGCGAGCGCGACAUCGAGAUGGAGGGCCACCUGGAUGGUAACCUCUGCCGGUGUACGGGCUACAAGCCGAUUCUGAAGGCUGCGAAGACUUUUGUUACCGAGGAUCUCAGGGGUCAGUUGGCCGAAGAGUCAGCUGGAGAAGAGGAUGCGAAACUGGAAAAGGAAAUCGUUGACCUGGUUCGUAACGGAUGUGGGGGGCCUUCUAAGGUGUCGUGCGGACGCCCCGGUGGCUGCUGUCGGGAUGUACCCUCGGAUAGCAGUUCAGCUGAGAGCAAAUCAUCCGCCUCUACGCCUCCAACCGAGCCUUCCACUGCAGCGGACGAUGAGCAUAUACCCGCUAUCGUCGGCGCGAAGAAGAAUCCGGAGCAAGAUCCUGCUGUCAGUGGUGCAACCUACGCGAAACCUCUGAAGAGCAAAGAGAACGAGAGCGCGGCUGGCGAGGUAAAAACAACGACUUCUCUUGAAGCUCCAGUUGCAGGUUCAGAGAAGGGUGUACCCCAUAUUCAAUUUCAAGAGUAUGCUCCCGGGACCGAGCUUAUCUUUCCCUCAGCCCUGUGGAAGUAUGAGCCUCAACCUUUGUGCUACGGCAACGAGAGGAAAAUAUGGUUCAGGCCUACGAGGCUAGAGCAGCUUGUCCAACUCAAAGACGCAUAUCCCUCCGCGAAGCUCGUGGGCGGCGCGAGCGAGGUCCAAGUCGAGGUCCGCUUCAAGAACUCGGACUUCGCAGUAUCAGUUUAUGUGUCUGAUAUCCCGGAGCUGAAGCAGACGAAAAUGCCGCUGGAGGCAGAGCUGGAGACUGCGAAAGAGCUCGUCGUUGCUGCCAACACUCCGCUUACGGAGUUAGAGGCUAUUUGCAAAGAGGUCUACGCCAAACUCGGUAAACGCGCUAUGGUUCUGGAAGCCCUGCGAAAGCAGCUGCGAUACUUCGCAGGUCGGCAGAUUCGCAACGUCGCGUCGCUCGCCGGAAACAUUGCUACGGCGUCUCCGAUCUCUGAUGCGAAUCCCGUAUUGAUGGCUGCUGGGGCCACGCUGGAAGCAGUCAACAAGUCGAAGGGGACCAUCGAUCUCCCAAUGCCAAAGUUCUUCAUUGCCUAUCGAACUACGUCCCUGCCGCCAGAUGCUAUUCUGAGUCGCGUUAGGAUCCCAUUGCCCGGGCCAGACGUACGUCAAGUGUUGAAAGCCUACAAGCAGGCGAAGAGGAAGGACGACGAUAUCGCAAUCGUCACUGCAGCUUUCAGGGUCAGACUUGAUCCAGAAGGUCUGGUUGAAGACGUAUCCCUGGUUUACGGUGGCAUGGCUCCGACAACAAAGGAAUCCCUCAAGACGCAAGAAGCUUUGCGGGGUAGGCCGUGGUUCUCCUCCGAGACGCUGGAUAUUGCGUUGGUCGCUUUGCUGCAAGAUUACGAUCUCUCGUUUAGCGUCCCCGGCGGAAUGGCCGAUUACCGCAAGACGCUGACACUGUCGCUGUUUUUCCGAUUCUGGCAUGAAUCUGCCGCUGAGCUUGGGCUUGGCGAUGUGGAUGAAGAAGUCGCCAACGAGAUCCAUCGUGCCAUAUCCACUGGUUCUCGCGAUGACUACAAUCCAUACGAGCAGCGCAUAGUCGGCAAGCAGAUUGCGCAUCUCUCUGCCCUCAAGCAGUGCACGGGCGAAGCGGAAUACAUCGAUGACAUGCCUCGCCAGGACCGUGAGCUCUUCGGAGGUCUGGUUCUCUCAUUGAAAGCCCAUGCGAAGCUCAUCAGCGUAGACUUCGAGCCCGCACUAGCUAUGCCUGGAGUGGUGGGUUACAUCGACAAGACCAGUCUCCCGAAGGAAGCAAACAUUUGGGGAUCUAUCCGGAAGGACGAGCCAUUUUUCGCCGAUGGAGAAGUCCUCCACGACGGACAGGUUAUCGGCAUGGUGUACGCCGAGUCCACCCUAGAAGCUCAGGCUGCUGCGAAAGCUGUCAAGGUGGAGUACGAACCGCUACCCGCUAUCCUGACGAUCGACGAAGCGAUCGAAGCCAAGAGCUUCUUUGCACACGGCAAGGUUCUGAGAAAAGGUCUCGCUAUCGAUGACAAAAUGGACAAGGCUUUCGCACAGUGCGACCGCAUCUUCGAAGGCCAGACGAGGAUGGGUGGCCAGGAGCAUUUCUACCUGGAGACUAACGCGGCGCUCGUGAUACCGUCUGGGGAAGACGGAUGCAUGGAGGUGUGGUCAUCCACCCAGAACACCAUGGAGACGCAAGAGUUCGUGUCUGCUGUAACAGGGGUACCAAGCAACCGCAUCAAUGCUCGUGUCAAGCGCAUGGGUGGUGGCUUUGGAGGCAAGGAGUCAAGAAGUGUUCCUUUCGCUUGCUACCUCGCCAUCGCAGCCAAGAAGGAGAAGAGACCUAUGCGACUCAUGCUCAACCGCGACGAGGACAUGCUUCUCAGUGGUCAGCGGCAUCCGGUUCAGGCGCGAUGGAAAGUGGGUGUAUCGAAAGAGGGCAAACUACUCGCGCUUGAUGCAGACGUGUACGACAAUGCAGGAUUCUCCCAGGACAUGAGCGGAGCAGUCAUGGACCGUUGUCUCACCCACUUCGAUAACUCGUACGAAUGCCCGCACGUCUUCCUCCGAGGGCACGUGUGCAAGACCAACAUCCACAGUAACACAGCGUACAGAGGCUUCGGCGCGCCUCAGGGCAUGUACUUCGCCGAAACUGUACUGUACAACAUUGCGGAAGGCCUCGGCAUGGACAUUGACGAGCUGCGAUUGAAGAACCUAUACAAGGUUGGCGAACACACUCCUUUCUUACAAAAGAUCGACGGAGACUGGCACGUGCCACUUCUUCUAGAGCAGCUGCAACGGUCAUCCGGGUACGAUAAGAGGAAAGCUGCCGUAGCAGAGUUCAACGCUAAGAAUCGCUGGAAGAAGCGAGGCAUCUGUCUUAUCCCUACGAAGUUUGGACUCAGCUUUGCGACCGCGCUGCAUCUCAACCAAGCCAGUGCCUACAUCAAAAUCUAUCAUGACGGCAGCGUGCUGCUGCACCAUGGAGGAACAGAAAUGGGCCAAGGCCUAUACACGAAGAUGUGCCAAAUCGCGGCGCAGGAGCUCGGCACGCCACUCGAUGCGAUUUUCACACAGGACAGCCAGACAUAUCAAAUCGCCAACGCUUCGCCCACCGCCGCGUCGUCUGGCUCCGACCUCAACGGCAUGGCGGUGAAGAACGCGUGUGAUCAGCUCAACGAGCGCUUGAAGCCAUAUCGUGAGAAGCUCGGCAAAGACGCACCGCUCAAGGCAAUUGCGCACGCGGCGUAUCUCGACCGGGUCAAUUUGGCAGCUAAUGGCUUUUGGAAGAUGCCCCGCAUAGGGUAUCAGUGGGGCAACUUUGAUGUCGAGACCGUCAAGCCGAUGUACUACUACUUUACUCAAGGGGCGGGGGUGUCGGAAGUUGAGGUUGACCUACUGACGGGUGAUCACACUGUGUUGAGGACGGAUUUGAUGAUGGACGUCGGCAACUCCAUCAAUCCCGCAAUCGACUACGGUCAAAUCGAGGGCGCCUUCGUCCAAGGACAAGGCCUCUUCACCAUCGAAGAGACCCUCUGGACACGCACCGGCGAACUCUUCACCCGUGGACCAGGGACCUACAAGAUCCCCGGCUUCAGCGACAUCCCGCAAGUCUUCAACGUCAGUUUGCUGCGUCACGACAACGAUGGUAAGCCUCUAUCGUGGAAUCAUCUUCGGAGCGUGCAGAGUAGCAAGGGCAUCGGCGAACCGCCCUUGUUCUUGGGAAGCACGGUGUUCUUUGCGCUAAGGGAGGCGGUCAAGGCCGCGAGGCAGAUGAAUGGGCAGAGUAUUGUGGGUGGACUGGGCGAGGAGGCAUGGAAGCUGGAUAGUCCGGCGACGGCGGAAAGGUUGAGGUUGGCGGUGGGGGAUGAUUUGGUGAGGAGGGCGGAGGUUAGGCGCAAGGAGGGGGAGACGGACUUCUUUGUUGCGGUUGCGUAG